AUGGAUGUAGAGCAUGUGUUUGUGUCUACCCGAACCAGCAAUCGUGAAAUAAUAUUUGGCGCUGCAUAUUUACCCCCCAGCUCACCGUCUGACAAGUAUUCCCAUUUUUGUGAUGCAGUCGAGGAAGUGUAUAUGGUGUCUGAUCCUGGCACUUCAAUCGUGAUAGCAGGCGAUUUCAAUCAACCAUCAGUGAACUGGAUAGAUACCUCGGUCCUUGCUCCGCCUAUCGGAGCCCAAUUAUUGAUCGAUAUGUCAAACUUUCUUCAGCUAUCACAAGUCAACAACGUUUCAAACAGCAGAGGAGUAUUUCUCGAUCUUGUAUUCUCUUCUGAUCCGGAACUGCAAGUGCUUCCAUCUAUUGACCCGUUGAUAGUUGAAGAGAGUGCUCACCCAGCCCUCGAAUUUAUGCUUGCGGGUGACCAUAUCCCCCAAAAACGCCAUACGGCCUAUGUACCGAACUUUAAUAGAUGCAAUGUCGCUAGGGUAAACGAUUGGAUCUCUCAACAGAUGUACCCCGCUGAAAAUUCUCUCAUCGAUGCGGAAGUCCUGUUUGUCAAGUUUUGUGGAGAUUUGAGGAACGUCAUAUUACAAAACUGCCCUAACAAGAGAAUUGGACACAGCCCCUUUCCCAGCUGGUUCUCAAAGCAGCUUCGUGAAUGUGUUAUUAAGAAAAAAAUACUUCAUUCCCGUUUCAAGUCAACGAUGAAUUUAGAAGAUUAUGAAAUAUUUAGAGAAGCUCGCAAUGAGUGUAAGAGAUUAUCAAGAGAAUGUUAUUCUUCUUAUAUAUCCAAUGUUGAGGUGGGCCUAUCAAAUAAUCCAAGGACUUUUUGGAGCUAUGUGCGGAAUCUUAGAAGUAAUAAUUCUACUCAGAAUUAUCUUAAUCUUGGCAAUCAAGUGGCUAGGGAACCGCACAGGAUCUGUGAACUAUUUGCUGAUUUCUUUUCUUCCAUCUACAGAGUGCCCAGUGCUGCAGUUCCUGAAUACUCCUUUACCAACAACUUUAAUCUUUCGGCUGUCCAUGUUACAGCCACUGAAGUGGAAGGGAUUUUGAGGAGUCUGGAUAGUUCUAAGAGCCCAGGUCCAGAUAUGAUUCCCCCGCGUGUACACAGAAUGUGUGCAGAGGUUCUGGCUCCCCAUCUAUCGAUACACUUCAACAAUUUACUAAGCCAGGGAGUGUUUCCUACUUUCUUGUACCUCUCCACAAAUCAGGAUCCCGUUCUAAUGUGA